ACCCAAAAAUAUCCAUACAGGCGAGAGGGCGCCAGACCGGUCGUCGAGAUGAGAGAAUUUAUUCGGGCGUGAAUUUUUUUGCGUUUCUACUGCUGAUGUUUAGAACAGCUCGAGACUGUGUAGGGUCUAGAUUUAUGCCACGAUUUAGCGGGCCAUUGUGAUAUGGUUAAAAACUGAGAAUGGACGGCAAGUGUUUUAGUUGCACAGAAAAGUUUGGAAUAUUCAGGAGAGAGCAUGGCUGCAAGAGUUGUGGCUAUUCCUUCUGUAGCAAAUGCCUGGAGAAGUCCAUUGUGAUCCCAGGAAAAGGCCCGAAGGAACAGAGCGUCUGCAAUAAAUGCUACAAGCAGCUGACGGCGCCCCCUAGCGAGAAAGCAGACACUGGAGAAUCCCAGCAUUUUCAAGAACCACCCGAAAAUUUUAAGAAGAGAAUCGCUGCCCUUGAGAAGAAACAGAAUGAGAAGUCCCACCCUUCAUUGUCUGAAGCAUCACGAAAAAGGGGCUUCGCAAAGUCUGAAGACAGGGACAUUGCUGAGAGAUUGGAAAGGCUGAAAGAGGACAGGAAAAAAAUGAGAGGUCGCACACUGUCCACCGAGGAGAUUGAAGACAGAUUACACAAGCUGAAAGGAGGGCCAACUGCUCCCGCAUCCACUGGCAGUAAGACAGCACCAACACAUCAGCCGCCAGAUCAACGCACCCCUCAUGAGCAAACCCACGACCUACUGACACAAAUGCACGAGGAAGCUGCCAUCGAUGCCAAGAUGGACGGAACUGAAAUAACUGCAGAAGACACAGCUGUGAUUCCCCCAGGCAACAAGGAGGAAGACUUGGAGCAAGAGAUGCAGAAACUGAUGCAAGAAGCCAAAGAGGAACUCAAGAAGGAUAAGGAAGGGUUGGGACGAGAUGUGGAGAUAGCAGCGAGGCUAGCCAAGCUCAACACAGGAAAGACAACAUCAGUAGGUGAGAGGGGACCCAGUGGAGGUGCGGGGAUGGAGGCUGAUGAUGAAGAAGAUGAAGAGGCAGCCAGCCAGCGACUUAUCAAACAGCUUCUUGAGCAGGACGAGUUGGAGGCAAGGACAGGGGCGCUUGGUUCUACAUCACAGGACAUCCAGCCUCAGUCAACCACAGCAAAAAAGCCAUUCCAUGGAGGCAGUGCUCUGCCGGACCCAGAUGAGUUGCCGUGGUGCUGCAUCUGUAAUGAAGACGCCACGUUGAGAUGCCACGGAUGCGAUGAUGACCUCUACUGCAAAAGAUGCUUCAGGGAAGGCCAUGAUGGAUUUGAUUUGAAAGACCAUGAGACAUCGAGCUACCGAAAACCCAAGGCUGGACAAAGCUGACUCAAGUAACGGUUAUACAAUUAUGCACUAGCAUGAAAGCUAUAUUUCACAACUAGUGACAUUCUACAUUACAUAGUAUAAAUAAGACUAGUUAUGGCUGUAUGUACAUAUUGUGUAAUUCGGC